UGUGUGUUCCGGUAAGUGGCGCAUAGCGGCGGAAGCCUAAAGCUGCUGUGUAAUUGUAGAGUUUAGCAGUCCCGAUUGUUCGCGACUAAACAGUUUGUUCACACAUUAGACAUGCCGGACUAUUUGGGAGACGACCAAAGGAAGAUUAAAGAAGAGGAGAAGGAUGACUCCCCUAUUAGAGCUUUGGAUGAAGGGGACAUCGCUCUGCUCAAAACAUAUGGUCAGAGUACCUAUUCCAGACAGAUCAAACAAGUGGAAGAUGACAUACAGCAGCUGCUCAAGAAGAUAAAUGAGCUGACGGGCAUCAAGGAGUCUGACACAGGCCUGGCUCCACCCGCUCUCUGGGAUCUAGCUGCUGACAAGCAGACACUGCAGAGCGAGCAGCCGCUGCAGGUAGCAAGAUGCACAAAGAUCAUCAAUGCAGACUCUGAGGAUCCCAAAUACAUCAUCAACGUCAAACAAUUUGCCAAGUUUGUGGUGGACCUGAGUGACCAGGUGGCUCCAACUGACAUCGAGGAGGGCAUGAGAGUGGGGGUUGACAGAAACAAGUAUCAGAUCCACAUUCCUCUGCCUCCGAAAAUCGACCCCACUGUCACCAUGAUGCAGGUGGAAGAGAAGCCUGAUGUGACCUACAGUGAUGUUGGUGGAUGCAAGGAGCAGAUAGAGAAGCUGAGAGAGGUGGUCGAAACUCCGCUGCUCCAUCCUGAGAGGUUUGUCAAUCUGGGAAUCGAGCCUCCUAAAGGUGUGCUGCUAUUCGGGCCCCCCGGUACCGGAAAGACCCUGUGUGCCCGGGCUGUGGCCAACAGAACAGACGCCUGCUUCAUCAGAGUCAUCGGCUCUGAGCUGGUGCAGAAAUACGUGGGAGAGGGAGCCAGGAUGGUGCGUGAGCUCUUUGAGAUGGCCAGGACCAAAAAGGCCUGUCUGAUCUUCUUUGAUGAAAUUGAUGCUAUUGGAGGUGCUCGUUUUGAUGACGGUGCCGGUGGAGACAACGAGGUCCAAAGGACCAUGCUGGAGCUCAUCAAUCAGCUGGAUGGUUUCGACCCUCGAGGCAACAUCAAAGUGCUGAUGGCCACCAACAGGCCGGACACGCUGGACCCGGCCCUGAUGAGGCCCGGACGUCUGGAUAGGAAGAUUGAAUUCAGCCUGCCUGACCUUGAGGGUCGCACCCACAUCUUCAAGAUCCAUGCCCGCUCUAUGAGUGUGGAGAGAGACAUUCGCUUUGAGCUGCUGGCUCGCCUCUGUCCCAACAGCACCGGUGCCGAGAUCCGCAGCGUGUGCACUGAGGCGGGAAUGUUUGCCAUCAGGGCCCGCAGGAAGAUCGCCACAGAGAAAGAUUUCCUGGAAGCCGUUAACAAGGUCAUCAAAUCGUACGCCAAGUUCAGCGCCACCCCCAGAUACAUGACCUACAACUGAGUGUGUGCUUGUGUGUCUGAUUUGGCUUUGUCAAAAGAAACAGUCAAAAGGAUUUUGUUGUUGUUGUUAUUCUUGUUCACUAAAAAAUAAAAGUUAUUCCAGAUUUGAGUUUCAGUGUUUAACAAAAUAAGCACAGGGGAGCUUGAAAGGCCUCCUGUGUCGUUCACUAACAGCACAAUUAAAGCUAUCCACUGCAUUUAUGUAGUACUCUGAGUCAUAUACCAAUGCACAUGUACAGUAACAGCAACAUGACACUCCAAACAGACCAGAAAGGUCAUUCCAGAUCAGAAUCAAAAAACUCAUAUCGACAGAUUAUAGGUAACACUUUGGUACCAGCGUGAUAAUGAGGUGGUCAGUAUUACGUUUACAACACAAGGCUUCCAAAAGUACCUGCUAACAUUAUCAUGUAGACAAAGCUGCAGCUUUAAAAAGUACUUCAGCAAACAGUGAGAACUACAACAUGACUAAAGUGCAACGUCAACACUGUAGAGAAAUCAGGCUAUAGAUGGACACCACAUUCUGAAGGUUCUGAUUAAA